CCAUGGACUUCUUCCACCGCGCCAAGGUGGUGCGCUUCCGCAGCCACCACGACAAGUACCUCACCGCCGACGACGAUGAAGAAUCCGUCGUCCAAGACCGCAACGGCGCCACCAAGAGCGCCAAGUGGCUCGUCGAAAUAGUUCCCGAAUACGACAACAUCGUACGCCUCAAAAGCUGCUACAACAAGUACCUCACGGCAUCAAACCAGCCCUUCCUCCUCGGCGUCACCGGCCGGAAGGUCCUCCAAACUCACCCCUCAAGACUUGACUCCUCCGUCGAAUGGGAACCCAUCAGAGACGGCGCCCAGGUCAAGCUCAAGACCCGUUACGGCAACUUCUUGCGGGCCAACGGUGGCUUACCGCCGUGGAGGAACUCCGUUACACAUGAUAUUCCGCAUCGGACUUCCACUCAGGAUUGGGUCUUGUGGGAUGUUGAUGUGUUGGAGAUUCAUGUUGAUUAUGUUCCUCCGCCUCCUCCUCCUACUCACUCUGAUUCCCUCAAUUUUGAAUCGUCUACUCCUUCUGCUGUUGAUGCCAAAUCUACUCAAUUUUCUAGGCAGGAGUCGUCGGAUUCAUAUGUGGGCUCGCCGCCGAAGAUGGAGGGGAGAACUAUAUACUACCAUGUUGCCGAAGAUGAUGGGGAAGUGGACGAUGAGAAUGUGCAGGGGUAUUCUCUGAUCUUCAAAGGGAACGGGGUGGAAGAAUUGACAAAGAAGUUCGAGGAGGAGACAGGGUUAGAGGGAGUUAUUGUGUGCAGUCGGAGUCCUUUGAAUGGGAAGCUUUAUCCUCUUCGAUUGCAGCUUCCUCCAAACAAUGUGAUGAUGCAGGUUGUUUUGGUUCUUCAAUCGUCAAAAGUUGCAAAAGACUUUGAGGCACAAGGUUUACUUUGAGUAGCGAGAUUUGUGGAGUCUUGAAUCAAUUACAUUAAUGCAAGGGCUAUGUACAUAGAGAUCCAAGCGGGUUCAAAUAUCAAUUAUACAUGUGAAAGCAUUUAAGAUGUUGCACUACUACACCAUCUUCAUUGCGUUGAAAAAGCACAAUUCAUUAAGGUCUUACCAACCUUCAAUGGAGGUGCCCUAAAUUUUGCAUUGGCUAGGAUCAUAUCAGCAUAUUGUCCCCUUCUUCUGGUAGUAGUUGUUUUUGGGCUUCCUAUGUAUUUGAGCUAUAGUUAUAAGUAUAACUUAGUCAAUUCUUCAUGUGCACUACUAUUGUUUCAUUUAUUUCAUUUCAUUUGUAUUGUGGUAAAUUUUCUUUGACUAUGCUAUUCUUAGGUGUAUCAGUGUUAGUGUAUGCCUUUGUAUAGAUUUUUUUUUUAUUUAUUUAUUACAAUACUUAUAAACAGGCUUAUUUUUCUAAUAGAAAAGGUUCUGUUUAUGUA